AUGAGUCCAGAGAAGGGGACAAGAAUGACAGAGACCUGAGAAAAGGGUGUGAGGACAACAGGGUCUGGAGUUGAGGCUGAAGACCUUGUGCUUAGGACUUUUGGACUUUGUGAUCGCAAUGGUGAGAACAAAUUGUCACCUGACCAGAGGGCCAAGUUACAGGAAGAUAGACCACCGCAGAACCUGACCCACCAUCAGCAGGGGGUGCUAGAGAGGUAGCUGCUACACCAGGUCUGGCCAUAAGGAGGUGCUGCAGCUGCGGCUGAAAUGUCUAACAGUGAGCACAACCAAGACUUCCAGACGGUGGAGCAAAUGGAAGAGACGGGCGAAAGAAAAGCUGGCGAUGGAAAAGGUCCAGAGUCCAACCCAAGUGGACGCAAGGGGUCCCCAUCUGUGACUUCUGAGUCUACUCCCUUCCCAAAUUCUUACGUCAACCAGCAUGCCAUGAGGAAAUUCUUUGUUACAAGGCCAGGAGCAUUUGACCAAGCCAUAGAAGAUCUAAGAAUCCAUGUGGUCAAGAAUUCGGGGGAAACUGCUCAGAGCUUCUGGCUUUUGUCCGAGAUAGAUCACUGGAACAACGAGAGGGAGCGUGUCAUGGUGAUCACAGAUGCCAACCUCCUGGUCUGCAAAUAUGACUUCAUAAUGCUCAGCUGUCUCCAGGUGCAGCGGAUCCCCCUGAGCUACAUCGACCGUAUCUGCCAUGGCCAGUUCACCUUUCCUGAGAGGUCCCUGGACAAGAGGGAGGGAGAAGGCCUGAGAAUCUACUGGGAUAAUCUGAAAGAGCCAUCUGCCCUGUCCCGUUGGAAUCCAUGGGCCACGGAUAUCCCUUAUGCAACUUUCACAGAACAUCCAGUGAAGAACAGCAGCGAAAGGUUCAGUGCCAUCUGCCAGAUGUCCGAGUUCGCUGCUCAGUUGGUCCGGGCCGUUCAGACCGCCCAGAGCAAGAACCCGGCGCCAGGCAAAACCAGCGGUGUUGUGGUCCUGAAUCAACCCCUCCUGAUCGACACCUACAUGGGUUUUAUGUCUUUCAUUGGGAACCGAAACAAACUUGGUUAUUCCCUUGCCCGUGGGAGUGUUGGCUUUUGA